AUGGAUAAAAGUUGGGUACAUUUUGAUCGCCGAAGUCCAGAUUAUGUUGCAGGGUUGAACUUAUUUGUAGAUGAAGCCCUUGCCAAGUCUAGUCGUAAAGAUAAGAUCAUAUGUCCUUGUAAAGAAUGUUGUAAUCGUUAUUUUGAAGAUAAGAUGACUGUGGUGGGACAUCUUCUUUGGCAUGGAAUGAACCCUUUAUACAUGAAUGCUCGAUGGACACAUCAUGGUGAGCCUUACGUUGAAUCAACAAAUGUCAUAGAAAUGGAUGUUGCUGAAGGAGGAGAUGUAGGUGAAAUGCAUGAUUUCCUUAAUGAGACAUUUGUGGAACCAAAUAUUGGUGAGAACGUAGGGUCAUCGAGGCAACCUGUUUUUGAUGGUCGAACACCCGAGGCAGAGCGAUUUUUUAAGUUACUUGAACAAGCUGAUAAGGAGUUGUAUCCAGGAUGCAAGAAGUAUAAAAAAUUGGAUGCCGUCGUAAAAUUGUACCAGAUCAAGUGUUUGGGAAAUGUGACUAACAAGGCUUUUGAUAUGUUUUUAGAGCUUUUUAAAGAUAUGUUGCCUGAGGGAAAUUGUUUGCCACGGUCUAUUUCACAAGCUAAAAAGAUUAUUUAUGAUUUGGGCCUUACUUAUGAGAAGAUUGAUGCUUUCCCUAACGACUGCAUGUUGUUUUGGAAAGAGACAGCAAACUUAACUGUGUGCUCUACAUGUGGUGUGUCAAGAUACAAAGUGAAAAAAGUAACAAGAGUUGGUGAUAGUUCAACGGAGGAUAAUUCUAGUAAGAAAGUAUCAGCUAAGAUUCUCCGGUAUUUUCCACUAACACCAAGGUUGAAAAGGUUGUAUAUGUCAAAACAUACUACAGAAUAUAUAAGAUGGCAUGCUACCGAAUGCCCUAAAGAUGGAUUUAUGAGACACCCGUCAGAUUCUCCAGCUUGGAAGCAUUUAUAUUCGUUGUACCCAAAUUUUGCAUUUGAAAUUCAAAAUGUAAGAUUGGGUUUGGCAAGCGACGGGUUCAAUCCUUUUGCACAUAUGAGUAGUGAUCAUAGCACUUGGCCCGUUGUAAUUUCUGUUUACAAUCUGCCUCCGUGGAUGUGCAUGAAGCAACCCUUCUUGUUUCUUUCUUUACUUAUUACAGACCCUAAUGCACCUGGAAAUGAUAUUGACGUGUACUUGAAACCUUUAAUUGAUGAGCUAAAGGAGUCAUGGGAGGUUGGUGCCAACACUUACGAUGUGUUUUCCAAUCAGUCAUUCAACAUGAAAGCUGCUGUGUUGUGGACAAUAAAUGAUUUUCCUGCAUAUGAGAAUCUUUCGGGAUGGAGCACGAAGGGGAAGCUUGCAUGUCCUCAAUGUCAUCAUCAAACAAUAUCCAAACGCUUGCCUAAUUGUAAAAAACAAUGUUAUUUGGGUAAUCGUAGAUUUUUGCCCAUAACGCAUAGAUUUCGAAAUGAUGGAGCUUCAUUUGAUGGCAAAUGCGAGAGGGGUCAAGCACCAAAGAUGUUGACCGGGGCCUAA